GUACGCACUACGGAUAUGGCACAGCAAUGUACGGAUCGCGACUUGCCAAUAGUGUCAGUUCACCACCAAAGAGUGCCCAGACGAGAUGACUCUGCCAAGUACCGUAACUUGUGAGGAUACUUUCUCAUUGCCUUUCAUCGUCAAGCUCUUACCUACAGAUACCUGCCUGGCCUACCUACCCAACGUACAUUGAUGAGGUACAUACCUGGCUGGCUACCUUACCUUACCUUCCAUCACCAUCGGAGCUUCCUUCUUAUUGCUUGCUCGCCUUGCCAAUCAGCCGACUAUUUGAGCAGCUAUUUACCACCUUGCCCGCCCUUCCUCAUCACCCCCCUCUCUUCCUACCUUCCAUUUCGCCCACCUGCUUCUCUCUUCCCUCCUCCAACUCAAACCACUCGACGAUCCCCCGACUCUCCACUCAUCUCACCUCCACUCACCUUCCGUCAAAAUGCCUGCCAUCAACACCAUCGUCGCCCGCGACGCCGUUCACCAGCUCGCCAAGCGCGAAAACUGGGCCAAGAAGGAGGCCGGAGUCGUCGUCGUCUUCUGCAUUAUCUUCAUCGUCGCCCUCGGAAUCUCUGGUCUCAUGAUCUCCAAGUGCCUCGCCAGGCGCAAGGCAGAGAGACAGGCCAAGGAGUCCCAGGCCGCUUAAGCAAGACCUCUUGCCUCUCAUGGAGAUUACAAGAGGGAAGCUCAGCCGGGGAAGUAAUGAAUCAAUCUUCAAGUUGGACGCGCUUUGAAGUCGGUAGCAGGACGACGCUCUCUUACUCACUUACACAUACGUCACAUUCGAAGAGAGAGUCGCGACUGGCUACAUGUGGAGGAGCCAGCAUCAUCUGUCGACAGCAAUCACGUUCACACCACACACAUCACGCGGAUCACUCACUACCAACCGAUCGUCGGUUUCGAUUCUCGACACUCCGUCAUAGUCUGCAGGAUUGGGGUCUCACGAAAGGCGUGUACUGAAGAAAAGACAUCCGGGCUGUACAUAGCAGCAUCACGACUACACGGGGGUUAACGCGCCAGGAGGCGGCUGUAUGUCAAUCGCGACGCCGCAGAUACCUAUUUCACACCAAUUUUAAUGAUACC